GCGUUGUGAGGUGAGCUCAGAACGCGCGUGAAGUCUGUACCAGCUGCUUUGCAAACCCGGAAGUUAAUUAAGCCCUCGUUGGAACUCGACUCGAUUUACAGUGUUAUAAUAUCCCGGGUUUUGGAGACAAGGAACGCAAAACCAUGAGAAACUUCUUGCUGAUUACGCUACUGGCUCUGAUAGCCCUUGAAGCAACUUUGGCAGCGCCUUCGGACCGAAAGAAGGAUGAUCUUACGAAAUCGGGCGGGGAAAUCCCGAGGAUUUCACACAACGUGGGCGUCAAGACGACCCGGAGGAGGAACGUGGGUCCCGCAACAAGUCCCGGAGUCCAGGGUCACGUUUUGCGGGAUGAAUCGGUUGGGAACAACGGCCACAUCGAGAGGGUCAGCCUCAACCGGGUUUCGGCUCUCGAUGGAAGCGUCGAUGAGGUCAAAGUCGAGGCUGGAAAAGCGGGAAUCUUCGCCUACGGAAUGCCGAAACGGAUCCUGGAGAACAACGGAUUUAUUGAACGCGUUUCUCACAUCGAGGAUGAGGAAAAGGGCGGAAAACGCGCGGCCAGAUCCGUUCAACAACUGAGGGAACAAUCGGCGUACCUCGAAGUUCAGGAAGCCAAGCUGGGGCGUGACUUCUAAGUUGAGGCUGAUUCACCUGCACGCGAUAUAAAUUCAUCCAGGAACUGUGCGUGAAAGAAAAAAGGCCUGAAGGUGAAGACAAAGAAAGUAAAACCUCUCUGUUCGUUACCAAAAAAUAAGAAAGUAUUACUUGAAUAUUCAUAGUUAUUAUCCUUGUAUUAUUAGUUAUAUUAUCAUAUAAGUAACAUGUAUACUACAAGAUGUAUAUAUAUAUAUAGAUUUUCGUAUUGUGUAAGCUAAUCGUAUAAAAAGAACUUUGAACAAGAUUUUAACUUCUGAGAAAUUUAUACUUGAAAAAUUUCUCGAUCUUAUGUAAAAAGUGAAUAAAACAGUAAAUAAA